CAUUCUAGCAGUUUGUUUCUCUGUUGCAAAUUUUAGAACAUUUCCAUUCCAAGUUAGUUUUACUGUCAUGUAUCAUAAUGGUGGAAGUAAUGACAGAAAAGGAAUUAUAUACACCAGGAAGUUCCAUAAGGGGGACCCCGACUAACGCCCUCCGAUAUGAACGAGAUAUCUGUGCAUUUAAAGAUGUAUUCUCUAAAUUUACGGGUGGGAAAGUGUCAUCCUCUAUGGCAGUCAGCAGUUUGCAGUCCACACUGGCUUAGACUGAUUUCAUCUACACCUGUGAAGGCUGAUUCAAAAAAUAAAGAUGAUAGUGACACUUUUGGUUCUUUAGCUUCACUAUCCAGCUGCAGUGAAAAAAAGUUAAGUGUAAAGGAUACUGACAAGAAUUAUGUUAAAAGUUUACCAAAAAUUCAGUAUAAUAAGAAAUUUUUUGAAAUUCAAGAAAAGAAUAGAGAUACCCAGAAAGUGGAUAGUUUAAAAAAUUACCACCUGGAAAAUACUCAUGAAAAAUGGAAUGCCUUUAAAGAUGCUCACUAUGAGGAAAUUCUUAAGCAGUCUACAGAUAUUUUACAAGAUGACAGUGAGGAUGACUAUUAUUAUUUUCUAAAGAGACUUACAUCCAAGAAAGCUGCAAAAAAUGUCAUAGAAAAAAAUUGGACACCUGAAGAAGAAAGACAGAAGCAAAAUACUCCGUUAGUUGCAGAAAAUGAAGCUAUAGGUGGAUUAAAAUCAAGUAACGUAGAUGAAUUUGGUACAGUAUCUCCGCCAAAGAUUGAUUAUGAAAAGGAGGUCGGUGAUGAAGGUGAUGAGAGAGAAGAGAAGUACCAGGAGUCGAAGCUUAAAAGGAGUCACAGACCACAAUAUUAUGGGCAGCAGAUGAAGAAUUUGUGUAAGGAAAGAAAGCUUUCAGAAGCAUUAAAGAUUUUUGAGGAGAUGCCAUCAGUUGGGGCCAAGCCUAAUGACUUCUGUUACCAAGUUCUCAUCAAUGCAUGUGGCCGAGCAGGCUACACUAAAAAGGCUUUUCAGCUGUACAAUCAGAUGAAGAAGCGUGGACUAAAGGUUCAACCAGUAGCUUACACUGGACUAUUCAAUGCCUGUGCCAACUCCCCGUGGCCAUUGACAGAUGGACUGAAGCGGGCUACUGGACUUCGGGAACAGCUGCUAGAACAGGGAUAUAUCUUCAACCAAACGAUCAGCCAUUCUAUGAUUAAAGCAUUUGGCAGAUGUGGAAAUAUCAACACAGCUUUUCAAAUUGUUGAUGACAUGAUCGAACAAGGGUUAUUGGUUACCACUGAAACUAUAAAUUUUCUGCUACAAGCGUGUAUCACCAACAAGGAAAUUGGUUUUAGACAUGCAAUAAGGGUUUGGAGGAAAUUACGAGAGUUGAAGCUGUCUCCUGACAUAUAUUCUUAUAAUCUCUUAAUACGGGCCAUCAGUGCUUGUAGUGCUGGCGACCCACAGUUAACUUCCAAGUUACUGGAAGGAAAUUUUUGUACUUCAAACAAAGGAACAAAAGAAAAGAGAGAGAGAAAAACAAUCACAGAAAAAGUCAUAGUUGUAGAAAAUAAAAAAGAGCCUCUUUCCUCUGAACCAAGAAAUAUCCCUGAAGAGCAAAAUUAUGGUAUGAUUCAAGUAAAAAGAGAGGUCCAAGGUGAUGGAGUGCAGAAUCAUGUGUUACCUGACUUAUUGGGGAAAAGAAUAACAAGUGGAACAAUUAUAGGCUUGGGACCACUGGAUCAGCCACAGGACAGAUUAGCUCUUCUAGGUGGUCCCAGUGGUAUACUUAAGCAGAUGUCACAGGAUCGAGUAAAACCAGAUUUGAAGACAGUCACCCAGCUGCUGGGCUCCUUACCCUCUAGCAUUCAGGCAGAAGAGGCACUUCUCCAGUCAAUGAAGAAUAUUGGCCUCAAUCCAGACACACAGUUUUGCAACUUGCUAAUACGCAAACGAAAUUUUCGGCAAGAUAUGGAGGGUGCCAAGGAUGUUCUUCAACUUAUGCAGGAACAUCACUUACUUCCUGAUAUUGCUACUUUUGGAUGUUUGGCUCUGGGUUGUCGUUACCUUGACAAUGCACUGGACCUACUGCGUGAUAUGGAUGCUGCAAACUUCAGACCAAAUUUGGAGAUAUUGACAAUUUUGGUGAAGAACAGUUUGGUGAGGCAGGAGUAUUUCUACACUUUAGAGAUAUUGAAAGAAAUGCACCAAAGAAAUAUCACUCCAGAUGAGCUUCUUCUUCAAUAUCUUGAACAAGGCAGGACAAAAGCACGAAAUACUCUCUUGAAAAUGGAAGGGGAAAAUGCUGAUAUGAAAAUCAAAAGAAGAAAGCUGGAAGGUAUGAAGAUCUUUUUGUUAGAAUACAAAAAAUGGCUUAAAACGUCACAGGUGAAACUUUCAGAUCACCCUUGGGCACAGUACAGGACUGAGCUAAGUGAUAACGUUAGAACCAUUGGUGUGUCUGGUACCUAAUUUACAUAUUUUUUUAGAAAAUGCCGCAAAAUCUCUUCUAGUUCCACACAACUUCACAUAUGGAAAUUCAAAACAAAUUCCCAUAUUGUUGAUGGUAUUUGUUUAUUUUUAAUAAACCAUUUAAAGCAUAA